AUGUAUCGCGAGACGAUCAUCGAUUUUGAGCAAGGAUGCAAGUGCUUGGAAGCUGGUGUUUCCGAGCUGAAAAGGAUUCUUGAAGAAGAGACGUCUGAGACACGGAUUGAUCCGAAACAAUACUUAGAGCUGUACACAACAAUCUACAACAUGUGUAUCCAGAAACACCCUCACGAUCACUCUCAGAGGCUUUAUAAUAAGUACCACGACAUCGUCGAACACUACGCCAAGAAAACGGUGUUGCCUUGUGUUCAGCAGAAGCAUGAUGAGUACUUGCUGAGAGAGCUUUCUCGUAGGUGGGAUCAUUACAAAGUCUUCGUUAACUGGCUAUCCCACUUCUUCAACUAUCUUGAACGUUUCUUCAUUCCACAAAGAAACUACCCGUCACUUCUUGAAGUUGCCAUGAAGUCCUUCCGCGACCGUGUUUACCUUGAGGUGCAAGUCAAUGCCAAAGAUGUUGUUAUAGCACUGAUUGAUAAAGAACGUGAGGGGGCACAGAUUGACAGGGAACUAGUGAAAAAUGUAUUAAAUGUCUUUGUUCAGAGUGGGAUGGGAACUAUUGAAAAGUAUAAAGAGGAUUUUGAGAUGUUCUUACUUGAAGACACGGAAUCUUACUACGCACGCAAGGCCUCAAGGUGGAUCCAGGAGUGUUCUUGCCCUGAAUACAUGAUAAAGUCUGAGGAGUCUUUGAGAAAGGAGAAGGAGAGAGUCAUACACUACCUUCAUUCAAGCACUGAGUGCAAACUAGUUGAGAUUGUGGAGAAGGAGUUGUUGGUAUCGGUUGCAAAGCAUCUUCUAGAGAAAGAGCACUCAGGUUGCAGUGCAUUGCUGAGAGAUGACAAGGUGGAUGAUCUCUCCAGGAUGUACAGGCUUUAUCAUCCGAUUCCCAAAGGGUUGGAACCUGUUGCAGACGCCUUCAGGAUUCAUGUUGCUAGAGAAGGGAAUGCACUUAUCAAACAAGCCCAAGAUGCAGCUGCUAAUGGUAGCUUGGUGGAGGCACAGGUGCUUGUGGGAAAGAUAAUCGACUUGCACGAGAAGUACAUGGUCUAUGUCUUGGACUGUUUCAAGAACCACACCUUCUUUCAUAAGGCGUUGAAAGAGGCUUUUAAAGUCUUCUGUAACAAGAAAGUGGGUGGAAGCUCUAGUGCAGAGUUACUUGCAAACUUUUGCGACAGUCUCUUGAAGAAGUCAGGAAAGAGUGAUGAAGCUAUUGAAGCUACGGUUGACAAUGUGGUUAAGCUGCUUGAUUAUAUUAGUGACAACGAUCUAUUCGCCGAGUUUUAUAGGAAGAAGCUAGCACGUAGGCUCUUGUUUGAUCAUCACAAGGUUAAUAAGGAGCAUGAAACAAUUAUGAUUACAAAGAUCAAAAGACAACAGGGUGGCCAGUAUACUUCUAAGAUGGAGGGCAUGGUGACAGAUAUGCAACUGGCAAAAGAGUUUCAAAAGGGCUUCAAGGGAAGCUUAACCGCAAAGCCAGGAGGGAUUGAUUUGGCAGUCACUGUUCUCAACACAGGUUUUUGGCCGAGUUACAAAACAUCCACCGACCUCAACCUACCACGUGAAAUGGUCGAGUGUGUUGAAGCUUUCAAGUCCUAUUACGGAACGAAGACCAAUCAGAGGAAGCUCAGGUGGCUUUAUUCUCACGGGACAUGUCAUGUUAUUGGAAGUUUCGAUCCUAAACCAAUCGAGUUGGUCCUUUCUACCUACCAGGCUGUUGUGUUGUGUCUAUUCAACAACACAGAAAGACUAACCUACCAGGAGAUCAUUGAGCAACUAAACCUCAGCCAUGAAGAUCUUGUAAGGGUGCUUCUCUCGCUCUCAUGCGCAAAGUACAGGAUUCUUAACAAGGAACCAGCCUCAAAGAGCAUCUCUACAACGGAUGUUUUCGAGUUCAACUCCAAGUUCACCAGUACAAUGCGGAGAAUCAAGGUCUCUAUUCCUCCACCUCCAAUAGAUGAACGGAAGAAAGUAGUUGAAGAUGUUGAUCAAGAUAGACGCUAUGCGAUUGAUGCUUGUAUUGUGAGGAUCAUGAAGAGCAGAAAAGUGUUGCCCCAUCAACAGUUGGUCUCUCAAUGUGUUGAGCAGCUUAGCCGAAUGUUCAAGCCUGAUAUAAAGAUGAUCAAGAAACGGAUUGAGGAUUUGAUCACGAGAGAUUACUUGGAGAGGGAUGCAAAAAAUCACCACAUUUUCAAUUAUGUGGCUUAGUUCAGAGUACCUUCCAGAGAGCAGAGAAGGUGUUAUGGUUUUCAAUUUUUUGUUAAGUCUUUACAUGUAUA